AGUGUAGUUCCGAUUUGGCCCUCGGUUUGUGUGCAUUUUUGUUUUAUUGUGACGCGCACCGGCGAAGGAUCGUCCGCACGCCGUGUGACCAAGGCUUUUCCGAGCCACAGUUUCCCGUUUGUUUGUUUUUUUUCACCACUCGUACGGUGACGCUGAACGAGAGACCAACUGACCUACAUUACGUUGUGUUGUCGUCCGUUUGAGCGUAACUUUAAUUAAUGCGUCGCGUGUGACGAAACGUGUUGAGUGUUGAGUGAUAAUUAAAACUCCCCUGCUGCUUAGGCGGUGGUGCAAGUGCAUCCCACCGGCGAAAUCAACACCGCGCGGCAACAAGCAUUGUGAUAGACCGGUAUCGACCGAAUCGAACCAUGUUGAAGGACCUCAUCGCCACCGAAACGGUGGCACCGGAAAAAUGUGCCGGAUGUGGCAGUGCCAUUCGCGACCGAUACUACCUCCUCGUGGCGGACCGUGCCUGGCACAACCAGUGUCUGCGGUGCUGCAAAUGUCUACACACGCUCGAAGCGGAACUGAGCUGCUACUCGCGCGAAGGAAACAUUUACUGCAAGGACGAUUACUACAGGCACUUUUCCGUUCGACGAUGCGCCCGGUGCGGCAACGGCAUCAGCGCCUCCGACCUGGUGAUGCGCGCGAAGGACCUCAUCUUUCACGUCAACUGCUUUUCCUGCCUCAUCUGUGGCCAGCUGUUGCGCGGCGGUGACACGGCCGGCAUACGCGACGGUCGCGUGUUUUGCGGUGAGCACUACGAAUCGGAGGUACUAAGUGAACCCGAAACCAUUUCACCGCAGUUUUUCCCCGUAACGGCGGCCGGCGGAAUGGCGAUACAGUCGUCGCAGAAAGGACGGCCACGGAAGCGAAAACUCGCCACCCCGCAACCACCAUCCCAGGGCGGCCUGCUAGAUCCGGCCGGUGGUGGGCAGCCGCCGCUCCAUCCAUCCCUCACCUGCCCGUCCCUACAGUCGACGCCAACGCAACCGCAAGCGCCUCAGCUGCAGACACAGCAAACGACACCACCGCAGCCGCUCGAGGCACUCGAUGCUGGUACGCCUCUCCGUUUAGAUCUGCUGCACAAGGAGCUGAGCGUGAACAGUUUGGAUCUGUCCACGUACGACGGUAGCCAGUCGCCCGGGUCGGGCGGUGCGCUCACGCCCAACUGUCGCACCAAGCGUAUGCGCACCUCGUUCAAGCACCAUCAGCUGCGCACGAUGAAGUCGUACUUUGCCAUCAAUCAGAACCCGGACGCGAAGGACCUGAAGCAGCUAGCGCAGAAGACGGGCCUGUCGAAGCGGGUGCUGCAGGUCUGGUUUCAAAAUGCUCGCGCCAAAUGGCGCCGGAACGUGAUGCGCCAGGACGUGGGCAUGGGCAACCCGGGCCAAACGCUCGGCGGACUGCCGACGAUCGGUGCGGUCACGCUACACCACCACCACCACCACAGUGCCAACGGGCCGAACGGGCCGAACGAUCCGGGCAGCAUGGGCGACCUGUCCUCGACGCAGGUCCUCGAGGAGAUGCACAACAUGACGUUCGCCGAGCUGUACUGA